GAAUCCAAACUUCAAGAAAAGAUAAACGUGUUUAGUUUUGAUUUCUCAAAUGAUUUGAUUUACUUCAGUGCACGAAAAUGGAGUAUAUUCAAGAAGACGUUAUUGGAGAACCACCAAAGAACAUAAUAUUAUGUUGCGAGUGUGGUAUUGGAAUAGAACCAAAUCCUGCCAACAUGUGUGUAGCAUGCCUACGAUCGCAAAUCGACAUAUCUGAGGGCAUUCCAAAGCAAGCAACCCUACACUUUUGCAGGGGAUGCGAACGCUAUCUGCAGCCACCUAUAGAUUGGGUCCAGUGCUCCUUGGAGUCCAGGGAACUGUUGUCUUUGUGUCUCAAGAAGCUGAAGGGGCUCAACAGGGUGAAGCUCAUUGAUGCCUCCUUCGUGUGGACUGAGCCACACUCUAAAAGAAUAAAGGUCAAGCUGACUGUUCAUGGGGAAGUUGUUGGAGGAGCAGUACUGGAACAAAUAUUUGUUGUUGAAUAUACUAUUGCCCAUCAAAUGUGUGAUGACUGUCAUAGGUCAGAGGCACAAAAUUUUUGGAGGGCAUCUGUUCAGGUUAGACAGAAGGCUGAAAACAAAAAGUCUUUCUACUACCUUGAACAGCUCAUUUUGAAACAUAAAGCACAUGAAAAUACUUUGGGAAUCAAACCUGUGCAUGGUGGUUUGGAUUUCUUCUAUACUACAGAAGCCCAUGCCAGGAAAAUGGUUGAUUUUUUGUGUGCCUGUUUACCUUGUAAAUAUCAGCACUCAAAAAAAUUGAUGUCUCAUGAUAUUCACAGUAAUGUGUACAAUUACAAGUUCACUUACUCUGUGGAAGUCAUCCCAGUUUCUAAGGAUAGUGUCAUAUGUCUUCCCAAAAAAUUGACUCAGCAACUGGGUGGCAUUUCACCAAUUUGUUUGGUGUAUAGAGUAACCAAUUCUGUACAUCUCAUUGAUCCUUCUUCAGCACAAAUCGCUGAGGUAAAUGCUACCACGUACUGGCGCUACCCCUUCGGAUCGGUUUGCAACCCCAAGCAACUGGUGGAGUACAUCGUGAUGGACAUCGAACCCAUCAAAGACAAAGAAAGGAAAUGUUUUCCCGGGCAGGGGGCUAUUUCCACGCGGCACGUAUUGGCGGACAUUUGGGUCGUGAGGGCAUCAGAGCUAGGCAUCACUGAAAAUACGAUACACACUAGGACCCAUUUGGGGCACGUCUUGAAACCAGGAGAUUCUGUCAUGGGGUACAACUUAGAAGACAGCAAUAUAAACGAUAUGAACUUCGAAAAACUGGACAAAUCAAAUAUCCCAGAAGUGAUACUAGUAAAGAAACAUUAUGCUGAUAGAUCAUUCAGAAGGAGACAAAGAAUUUGGAAACUCAAGAGACUAGCUGAGGAUGAUACUGCAUUCGAUCCUGAUGCAAAAGACUUCCAUGAAUUUUUGGAUGAUCUGGAAGAGGAUCCAGCUCUCCGACAAAACAUCAACAUUUUCAAGGAUAAAUCUAAGCAGAUUCCUGUUGAUACUCUCGAUGUCGAUUACGAUGAGAACGUACCACAAAUCACUCUAGAAGAAAUGUUAGAUGACUUGGUUAUAGAUGAUGUCGAAAUGGAAGAAACUGUUGAAUAAUAUAUUAAUUGAUGAUGACAUAUUAUGUUUUAUAUCAAUUUACAUAUUAAUAUAAAGGUAUAAUAGG